GGAAAGGGUCCAGUAGCUGCUUUUAUCAGCCAAUCAUUUUGCUGACAUCCCUAACGGAGGGGGAAACCCAGGAUGCCUCCCCGUUACCCUUCAGCCUCUUGGUUGGAGGGGAGGGCCGGGAGCAGAGCCUUGGGACAGCCGCCAACACCCAGCUGGCACCUGCUCCCUCAGCGUCACUGCGGGAUUUGUCUAGCGACUUCCCUCGCAGGGGUGUGUUAGGGGGAGUCCUCUUUCCGACUGUCGAAAUGGUUAUCAAAGUGUUUGUUGCCACAUCUUCUGGGUCCAUAGCGAUUAGGAAAAAACAGCAGGAAGUGGUGGGCUUUUUAGAAGCCAAUAAAAUAGACUUCAAGGAACUGGACAUAGCUGGGGAUGAAGACAACAGGAAGUGGAUGAGGGAGAACGUUCCUGGGGAGAAGAAGCCUCAGAAUGGGAUUCCUUUGCCUCCUCAGAUCUUCAACGAAGAGCACUAUUGUGGGGAUUUUGACUCUUUCUUCUCUGCAAAAGAAGAAAAUAUUAUCUAUUCAUUCCUUGGUUUGGCUCCCCCUCCAGGGUCAAAGGUAACAAAGUCUGAGGAAGCGUCUUCCCUUCCCAAUGGAGACGUAGCAGGAGAGGCAGAGGGCGCUGCAGAGGGCACAGAGAAGGCCGAGGAAAGUGGAGAAAGCGAGGCACACAAAGAGGACAAGGAAGACACCGGCAACCUUCCUGAAUCCCCGGAGAAGAAUGAAGAAGAGGGAGAAGAGGGAGAGAGAACAGAAGAGACAGAAGGGGUAACAGAGGAAGGAGCAGAGGGAGAGGCCGAAGAAGAGGAAGCUGAGGAAGAAGCAGAAGGGGAAGACUCUUAGGCAUUUCAGGCCAGCUCUUCUACUUUUCCCAGGUAGGUGCUGAAUUCUGGGGCUGAGAGACUGGUCCCCGUGUGGGCCUGUGUGACCUCUCACGAGGUGUGAGAAGCAUGAACACACAUCUCUCCUGUCCAGCUUUGUGCACCGCAGGGCUUCAGACUACCAUCUCCAUGACUUGGCACUAGGGCAUGAUGGGAAAA